AUGUCGCUUAUUAAAAAAGCUGAUGAUGAUUUGACAUCCAUCAAGAAUGAUCAAAUGAAUUCGUUUACUACUAAUGCAGAUGAUAUCUAUGCGUGUGAAAUAGAAGAGAAUCACCACAGAAACAACAAUGAGGACGAAAACGAAAAUAGCGUUCACGAGGAAACAAGUCUCGAGGAAGAUGGAAAUAAUAACAAUAAUGAUGAAAUCGAGUCAUCUCUGAGACCACCCGCCAAAAAGCAACAACAACAACAACAACAACAACAACAACAACCAUGGAGAGAAAUUUUUAUCCUAUCCUUUUCAUCUCUUGGUGCUAUUUACGGAGACUUGGGCACUUCACCAUUGUAUGUACUCAACUCAAUCAAAUACCCACAAAGUCCACCAAAUAAAACCGAUAUAUAUGGUUCUGUUUCUAUUAUAUUUUACUUAUUCACCUUCAUUGUCAUUUUCAAAUACAUAUGUAUUGUCCUUAUACUUGGACCCAACAACGGUGAAGGCGGGCAAGUUGCCAUAUAUGCCAAACUUGCAAGACAUUUGAAUAUUGGACCCAAAGGUGUAACUAUCCCAGGUGGACCAAAAGAAGAAAUGCUGGAUUUGCAGAUCUUGACUAAACAAAAUACUGCAAUGUCCUCCUCCUCCUCCAUCAUCAAUACGGUUUCUUCAAGAAUCGAAUUGAUUAAAUACCACCCUAUGAUGAUCAAGUUUAUACAGUGGUUUAUAUUGUUUGCUUGUUUUCUUGGUUGCUCAUUAGUCAUGAGUGAUGGGUUAUUGACCCCAACGACUUCAGUAUUGAGUUCAAUUGGCGGAAUAGAAGUUGCUGUUCCAUCAUUUACCGAUGUUCUUGCUGUAUCAGAAGUAAUAUUGAUUUUGUUAUUCAUCAUACAACAAUUCGGGUCAAGCAAGAUAAGCUUUUUAUUUGCUCCCAUAAUCUUUAUUUGGUUGCUUGGUUUGAUAAUAUGUGGGAUUUACAAUAUUGUAAAAUAUCAUCCUGAGAUAUUUGCUGCCUUAUCACCUUACUAUGCUAUUGCGUUAUUGAGAAAUGGGGGGAUUGACGUGUUUUCGGGUGCAAUGUUGGCUAUUACUGGUACAGAGGCCAUGUUUGCCGAUGUAGGGCAUUUCGGUAAGUUACCAAUACAAUUGACCUUGGGAGGAUUUGUUUAUCCGGCAUUGAUCUUGUGCUAUUUGGGUCAAGGAGCUUAUCUUGUGAAACACCCAGAGGCAAUCACAAAUCCAUUUUUUUUAUCAAUACCUGGUGGUACAAACUCAGCUACAUAUUGGGUAAUGUUUGUCUUGGCAACAUUAGCAACCAUUAUCGCAUCCCAAGCUUUGAUACUUUCCGUGUUCAGUAUCAUUUCUCAAUUGAUUAAUUUGGAAUGCUUUCCCAAGCUCAAGAUUGUCCAUGUAUCAUCUCAUUAUUCGGGUAAAGUAUAUAUUCCAACAAUGAAUUGGAUAUUAAUGAUUGGGGUAAUAUGCACCACGGCCGGAUUCCAAAAUAGCAAUAACGUCACAGCAGCUUAUGGUUUAGGAAUAUCCUUAGAUUUUAUUGUCACUUCAUUCUUGAUUAUCAUUUGCAUGUUGUACGUUUACAACGCAAACGUUAUAUGGCCCAUCUUAUUUUGUUUAGUCUUUGUUCCACUUGAGCUAUGCUUCGUCAUUUCAAAUAUGAAAAAAGUACCUCAUGGAGCUUGGUUUCCGUUGGUAAUGGCAGGCUUGUUCUUUUUUUUUCUUGCAGUGUGGAGAUGGGCUAGAUCCAAGAAAGUGAACGAGGAGUAUGACCGACGGGUUCGUAUUGGUGAACUAUUCCCAUUCUAUGCUGCAAACUCAACUACCAUAAUGGAUUUGACCACCAUCACACCUCAGGUGAGGAAUAGCCAAUUAACAACACAGUACAAUCAAGACGAUGUCAAUUCCAAGUUUGGUGUUUUUCUAUUACAAAAACACCAUGGUAUUGGGUUUAUGUAUAUCAAUUUUUCAGUACUAGCAGGGAGUCCCAAUACUUUGCCUCGCCUAUAUGAAAAACUAGUAACAUCGUUUGUUUCCAUUCCUUCAAAUUUCAUGUUUGUGUGCAUAAAAGUUGUUUCGAUACCUUAUGUUGAAAAUAAUGAAGAUCGAAUACUCGUGGCGCCAAUGAGAUUAUCCGGCCAUUAUAAAUGUAUAAUAAGGUUUGGAUUCAUGGAGGAUAUUCGAAUCACGCAUGACUUGAGAUAUGCAGUUAUGCGCCAUAUACCACAGCUAGCACUAAUGUCCAAUGAUCAGCUUUCCGCAAUUCCAAAUUUGCAUUUUUUCGAAAAUGGGUUAAUACAAUGUCAUGGGUUUGAACAAUGUACUAAUAGUAGUAGCCAAUGGAAAAUAAUCCAUUUAGUAAGAAAGGUAAUUUGGUUAAUUCGAAUGUUGGUGAUCAAUCAUUUCUUCAGCCCCAUAUUCCUAAUGACUCAGGAAUAUGGUAGUUUUUUGGAAUGCGAUGAUGAGAAACAAGAGCUGGAUAAUAAGGUCUUUUUAGGUGGCAUUACUCGCAUCUAG